AACUUAAAUUAUUUUGAUUUCUAAUCGUAAUUUAUAUCUGAUUAAUUAAUAAUGCACCAUAUCUCGUCUAUAAAUACGACAGAACAAUAAUUUUAUUGUUGCAUUCCAAAAUGUUUCGAUUCGUGGUACUGUCCUGUUUGCUAGCGGUCGCUGCUGCCGUCCCGCCAGUGGCGAAGAGCAGAGCUGACAUUGAGAAUUACAAAGUCGCUUUGGAAAAGUCGAGAGAAGACGAUGGGUUGACCCUCGAGGAGCGUAUGGCAGAAAAUCCUGGAAUGAACGCGUGGAGUAGCAGCGGGAAGUACCAAGGAGAUAUAUAUUUGGAUGACGACUUGAUCGAGGAAAUGGUAGACGACUUCUCACUUGGUCGUAUGGCGUACACCAGGGCCAAUACUCGAUGGCCUUCAGCAGUUGCCGUUUACGAGUUCGGACCUGGAGAAUUUAACCUUGAUCAGCAAAGGUUUAUCCUGAACGUGAUGAACGGACUUUCCGAAAGGACCUGCGUCAGAUUUAGAGUAAGAAACGCCAACGACAGAAACUUCGUCAGGAUCACGGGUAGACCAACAGGCUGUUAUGCCAGCGUCGGCUAUAAUGCAAACCGUGGAAUACACACAUUGAAUGUGGCGCGAAACACCCCCGGAUUUGGUUGUCUUAACUUCGUGGUCAUCUCCCACGAGUGGUACCACGCUUUAGGCUUUUGGCACAUGCAGUCCACUUACAAUAGAGACAACUACGUCCGCAUCCACUGGGAGAACAUCCAACAAGGUAUGGCGCACAACUUCGACAAAGUCGACAGCAGGUUCGUCUCCAACCUUGGUCUACCUUACGAGUACGGUAGCAGCAUGCAUUACGGCACUCAUUUCUUUAGCAGCAACGGUCGUCCCACUCUCAGCACUACUAGGCCCUACAAUGGAGUUUUAGGACAGACCUCUGUCAUUACCGGCUUUGACCUCUGGAGAUUGGCUCGUCACUACAAUUGCCCUGGAGCCUGGAGCGCUGAAGUCAUGGAAAAAGCCAGAACCACCGUGUACGUGCCAACAGAAGAAGGAAAUUUGACCGAAGAAACAGUUGACACGCCUCUUGCUGAUGAAUUGGAACUUUUGGAAGAUGUUGAAAUAGCAAAAGAAUAAAAUGAAUAGAACAUGAAAAGAAAUUUUAACAUCGCGCAUUCCAUUCCUUAUGAAUCUAUGUAUUUGUGAAGAAUUAAAAAUAUUAAGACACGCAAAAUAAAUAUUUCUU